AGAAAAGCAAUACAUUUCGGAAACGAAAUGCGGGAGGAAAAAGAGGACGAACUUGUGCACCAUGUGAACGAUAUUCCAAGUAUUCCAACUAUUCUACUUAUUGGGUUUCAACAAAUGAUGAUUUGUAUUUCAAUGCUUCUUGUUAUUCCGUACAUGAUGUCAGAUAUGGUUUGCCCUGGGGACAAGGAAACAGAAAUUCGGGUUCAACUGAUCUCCGCGUCGUUCGUCACGGCUGGAAUCGCCACGAUUCUACAAACUACUUUUGGAAUGAGACUAGCCAUCCUACACGGCCCUUCGUUUGCGUACCUUCCAGUUUUGAACACUUUUCAAUCAACCUACCCGUGCAAUGAGCACACUGAUACAAGUCUCUGGCAACAUAAAAUGCAAAUGAUCUCUGGAAGUUGCCUGGUCGCAGUUCUCGUGAUGCCUCUUUUCGGCUUUACCGGCCUAAUUGGCUUCCUAUCUCAAUUCAUUGGGCCAAUCACUAUCGUACCAAUUAUGACUCUUCUCACAAUUAGUGCAGUUUCAGAUGUUGAACAAAAAAUGGCAUUACACUGGAUGUCGAGUGUGGAAUUUCUAAUGCUGGUAGUAUUUAUAGUUCUUUUGGAGCACUGGGAAAUGCCUCUCCCCGCUUAUUCACUCAAAAGGAGACAUUUUUACAUUGCAAGGAGAAAAAUUUUGAGCCAAUUUCCGUAUAUAAUAGGAAUUGCAAUCGGCUGGUUAAUAUGCUACAUUCUCACGGUAACCAACGCAAUACCAGCCAAUAGUCCCGCCCGGACAGAUCAAAACUCUACCAUGGAAAUUCUGAAGAGUACCCCAUGGGUGCAUGUACCUAUACCUGGACAAUAUGGAACACCAAUUAUUGAUAUCUCAUUGUUAUGUGGAUUCAUUGCGUCUAGCUUCGUUGCAAUGAUUGAAAGUAUCGGAGAUUAUAACCUUUGCGCGAAACUCUCAAAGCAGGGCCGAAUCCCUACAUCGAAUCUGAAUCGAGGGUUUAUAGUCGAAGGAAUCGGUUGCAUGCUGUCCUCCUCAUUCGGAAUCGGUACCGGAAUUACCACCUACGCGGAGAAUAUUGCAAUCAUGUCGGUGACGAAAGUGGCUAGUCGGAUUACUAUGCAGACCGCCGGGAUCUUUCUGCUGAUCGCUGGAAUUUUCUCGAAGUUUGCAGCAGUGCUGGCAAUGAUUCCCGAACCAGUUGUUGGAGGGGUUCUUGCCAUUGGGAUUUGUAUGGUGAAUGGAGUUGUGCUCAGAAAUUUGAUGACAGUGGAUCUCCGUCUGUCUCGUAAUCUAACAAUCAUGGGAAUUGCUGUUAUAAUGGGUCUUACUGUAGCCCUACACUUUGAGAAUAAUCCCCUAAAAACUGGGAAUCAAACUGUGGAUAAUGUAUUUGGAACUUUAUUGACUAUUCGGAUGUUGAUUGGAGGAAUUAUUGCAUUUACUUUAGACAAUAUUGCACCAGGUGCAACAAGAGAGCAGCGAGGGUUUAGGAAGGCUGACGACGACGGAGAAGAUGAUAUUCCAGUGGAGAAUAAUGGUUUUGCGUUGCCAUCUUUCAUGAAUAGAUUCUUCUUGAAAUAUCGAUGGCUGACAUACAUUCCUCUAAUUCCUUCCCGAGAGGAAAUUUUGGAUAUUGAAGAAAAAAGAACGGAAGUUAAAUACAAACUUUAG